AUGGCCGGACGCCUCUUGCAGUCCGUCCUCCUCCUGGCCGCUGUGGCCCAAACCGUUUACUCACAAGCAACUUGCGGUGGAGGCAAGCAAUGUCCUGAAGAUAAGCCGUGUUGUUCACAAUACGGAGAAUGUGGUGUCGGCGCCUAUUGCUUGGGAGGUUGCGACCCAGUCAACUCCAAAUCCCUCGACUCCUGCGUCCCUUCUCCCCAGUGUCAGUCAAAAACCUACAACUUUGAUAACCUCGAUCGAGUGGUGUCCAAUACCAAAUACCUUGGAGAUGCCAGCAAAGCCGACUGGGUUUCUUCCGGACAACCUCUUUCACACAAUGGCCAGGUACUAUUGACCAUGGCAGAAGGAACUGUCGGCACCUUGUUGGCCAGCACAACCUAUGUAUGGUAUGGAAAGAUUAACGCAAGAUUCAGUACUAGUGCAGGUGCUGGUGUCGUUACUGCUUUUAUUUUGUUGGGCGAUUCCAAAGAUGAAAUCGAUUUCGAAUUCGUUGGAGUUGAGCUGGAAACUGCAGAGACCAACUUCUACUCCCAGGGUGUCACUAAUUAUAACAAUGGUGGCAAGACUACUGGUCUCACCGAUGUUCAUGAGAAUAUGCACGAUUAUGAGAUUGACUGGCAACCCGAUACCAUUACUUGGUCAAUCGAUGGCAAAGUCGUCCGUACCCUCGACCGCGAUUCGACCUGGAAUGCCACGGCCAACCGCUAUUCAUUUCCUCAAACACCAUCACGAGUGCAGCUGUCCCUCUGGCCUGGUGGUCUACCCACCAACGGGGAAGGCACCAUCGAAUGGGCCGGUGGGCUUGUCGAGUGGGAUUCUCAAUACAUGACCAAUGGUUACUACUAUGCCGCAUUCGAUUCGGUCUCGGUUCAAUGCUACGAUCCUCCUGCCGGUGCACAAGGUUCGGGAACCAAGGCAUAUAUCUUUACCGACAAGUCCAUGACCAAUGCAAGUGUCGAGAUGACGAACGACAAUACCGUCUUGAAAUCCCUGCUUGGAACUGGUACAAACAUGAGUGCGGAUUAUGCUCAUUCUUCAGCCAGUGCCAGUGGCAGUGACGUAGCUACCGUGCCCGGCCUUAACGGUGCUGGACCCGGAACCAAUGGCCAACGCCCCGACAAUGGAACAGACGGCGGUAGCAGCAGCAGCGAUAAUGGCGGUGACAACUCAGGAAGCAACACGGCCUCUACUACCGGUAGUGCUUCAACUGGUUUCGUUCAAGGUGGCGGCGGCGCCAAUGGUGCUGGUCAACUUGGCGGAAAUUCCGAAACAGUCCUAAAAGGAAGCUUAUUCGCAGUUGUUGUCGCUAUCGUCGGGUUGUGUGUGCUUUAG